UCAUGGAAGUACGCUGGAAUAUAAAGACUCCUCACUCACACUUCAGUGGGCAGUAAGGUUUUUUGAUAGAUGCGUCUACUCGAGGAACAUCUCCCUUUCAGACAGCAAACCAAUAGAAACGCGUUUUCUCUACGUAAUGAAACGACCCCCUCCCAUCUCCGACAUAACGGACCCAACUCGAGUUGUAGGUGUUAGACAUUCAGUCGAUGAUACUACGACCACAUUUGGCGCACUUGAGAUUUUGGCGAUCUGUCUUUAUUUGAAUAGCGUUCAAUCCAAUAGCGCGUAAUCGAAUCGCCGUUUCAGCACCUGGACAGCUCCUCUAUUGCUGUCCAUUGAUUCAGAUGGAGAUCAAAUCCCUGGCGUGAUUUGAGGAGGGAAGCCCAAUGUAGACCGAGCAGGCGCGGUGUAUAUACACGACACACACACACAAGAUGCACACCUCCGGUCUCAAAUACGAUGCCUUUCCGUGGAUGUUUGGAUAGUGGCGGACUCUUUUAAUCCUCUCGGUGAGCGACGAUGCUUGCGUUACGGUUUGGUGUCGCUCAUCGUGCGCCUUAUUCGCGAAACAAGCAGCAACACGGAUGCUUGGCCACUGCACAACUGCCAAGGGUUGAAGAAGCCUUCACGCAUCGAGCCCCUUUACUGGCAAGGGAGACGUUAUCGUAACCAGGAGCGCAUGGGAGACACGAUUAAAGUUUCAACGAUGUAAAUCGAUAAAGGUUUGGUAUGAGUGAAACCGCCUCUGUCUAGCACAACCAGAGCUCCCAUCUGAGACAAGAAAGAGGAAGUCCAUACAGCUUUAGCAGCAGACCACACCAUGAGCCAGCCACAGCCCCCUCAGCAGGCGACAGCUCCAGAUCUGGAGGUGAUCUCCCAGCAGGUGGAGGAUGAGGGCCAGUGCAUGGCUCCAGUACAGCUGGUCAGCUUCGCCUACAGGGAUCUUCCGCUAGCUGCCCUGGACCUCUCGCUGGCCGGAUCCCAGCUGCUUUCCAAUUUGGAUGAAGAUGAGAACCAGGACGGGUCUAAUUGGCUGAAGCCGUGCUGUGGGAGGAGAGCAGCGCUGUGGCAGGUGUGUUUGUUGAGCGCAGGCUUUAACUGUUUCCUAGUGGCCUGUGUCAUCCUAGUGGUGCUUUUACUGACUCUGGAACUGCUCAUCGAUACAAAGCUUCUACAAUUUAAUAAUGCAUUCCAGUUCGCCUGUAUCAUUCACUGGAUCAGCCUGGUCAUCCUGUCUGUGUUCUUUACUGAGACUGUCUUUAGGAUUGUGGUGCUCGGGAUAUGGGAUUAUAUAGAGAACAAAGUUGAGGUAUUUGACGGUGCUGUGAUUGUACUCUCUCUGGCCCCAAUGGUGGCCUCAACCGUGGCAAACGGCCCCAGCAGCCCCUGGGACGCCAUCAGCCUCAUCAUCACCCUCCGCAUCUGGAGAGUCAAGAGAAUCAUUGAUGCGUAUGUUCUGCAGGUGAAGGUGGAGAUGGAUUUGGAGAUCCAGCAGUAUGAGAAGACUAAAGCUGUGAGGGAGGAACAGCUGGAGAGACUCACACAGAUUUGUCAGGAACAGGCCUUUGAGAUCAGACAGUUGAGGGCUCACCUUGCACAGCAGGAUUUGGAUCUGGCCGCUGAACGAGAGGCCGCCAUGCAGAUGCACCACGUGUGGGGAAAGCAAAGCAGCACUUUUCAGGAAAUAGAUGGCCUGGGACCCGCUGGAUCUGACACUGAGUGCAGGGCGAAUACCAGAGAACCCAGACCACCUCCAGAGAGUGUCGUUCAGGAUGAUAUGAACAAUUACAUCAGCCAGUAUUACAGUGAGCCAAGUAGCGACAUCGGAGUACCCGAUCCCGGUGCACGCGUCAUUACGACAGCAGCCAUCGACGUCCACCUUCCCACCAACCCCAACCAGCUGCCUCCUUCCCUCGUCAGUGCGGACGGCCCGGGCAGCGGCCAAGAACGCACAGUUAGUGAAGCGUCCAGCACGACCAUGUCCCGGUCCAGCUGCAGCUUCACGGCCCGGCAGCACAGCGUCAGCAGCCACACCUUGGGCUCCACCACUGACUGCAGCUCUACCGUACGAGAGGCCUCAACCUCCGACUACAGCGCCCAGCACUGCUGCCCUCCUCCAUACUGCAGCCCGUUGGCCCUGGGGAUGCAACCUGGCGUCCACGACCCCAGCGCAGUGGUCAAAGAGCUGCUGUCCUCCUUGUCCGAGGACUCCUGCCUGGCACAGAAAGGCAGGGUAGACCCGGUCAACCUCAAGUUGCCCAGUCCGGCGGGGUCAGUGAAGGCCAGUCCAGAACUGGAGCAUAGGAUGAACCUAUACAACAAGAGGAACCAGGAACGUCUGGGGGUAUUCCAGACCAAGCCACUCAUUCACCUGCAGGGGACCGAGCCAUCGCUGGAGGAGAAGUACAGGCUAAUGGAGGGCACCGAUACGCCACUGAGCCAUAUACCAGACACAUAAAGCAUGAGUGUGGGACAAUGACCGCCAACACCAGCUGAAGCAGGAUCUCUCUCUCUCUAUCAAUUGCUUUUUCAUUGGCUGUGUCCAAAACCUGACAAGUAGUGUCACCUUGGGCAGUUUCCAAAAGUAGACGGGAAUCAAGUCACAUCCUCAUCCAUUGGGUGAAUAAAUAUCCAAACAGCAGACGACUCCGGACCAGAUCUGCGCCAAAGUCUGCAACUCCGGUGAUUACAGCUGCAAUCUGUACACUAACAAAAUGAGUUGAUUUGACCCAUGGUUGGGCCAGAUUUGGACAAACACAACAGCAAACAACUCCAGGACGGAUCCGCACAAGAUCUGCACCGUAGCCACUGACUUCAGCGCGGAUUUGGCCCAGAGUUGUUUUGCUGUCUGGGGAGGUACCUUCAUCAAUGCUGUCUGUUAAGUAACUGCCCUGAUCAGCAGGGCAGCAGCAUUUUGGUUUUGGACACAGCCAAUCUGUCUCUCUCUCGUCUCAGAAGGCACUACUAACACACACUCUCCAGGUUUCAACUGUCAGAAUGGGGCACAGGAAGUGACAUACAGGGUAGCACCUUCUGCUACCUGCCCCAUGCAUCGUUUUCCUUACAAGUGCACAUUUCUCUCCAAAUCUGCAAGAGCACUUGAACGUCACUCCUGCCAAAAUUGCACAACCUUCCUAGGAGUCAGGGAGAGGUACUUCGGGAGCCAUCAUCGGAAGAUUCUUCAGGAAUUUCAGUGUGUGCGUGUUGGGCGUGUAUGAAACCAGCGUAGACACAAUUUUUUGGGACCGUAGACGGCAGUGUUGCUGGAGGACUUGUGUGUUUUCAUUCAGGGCGGCAUGGGAGGGUGUGUUUUUUUUUCUUUGCAGUUUAUAUUCGUCGAUUUGUUUAUUUGUACGAAAUGUAACUGACACACAAUGUACAGUCCUUCUCCCCCCCAAUGCUGCAGGGUUUUACAUUUGAUCCACCAAAUGUGUGAAGCUGUGUGACUCAGCCAAAUUUCUUACCUUUGCCUUUCUUACAUUACUUAUGCCGAUGUUUGUAUUCGAAUUCUAUGCGAGAAAAAAGUGCUAAACUCAAGUAUUUUUAAAACGCGGAAAGCGACAGGCGAACAUUUCAGGUAUACAGUAUUAGAAGAUUUUUAUGAGAAAUUACAGUUAGAAUGUUGUCAUACAUACCCCCUAACACCCCCAUCCCAAUCGCAUGAGCCUUUGAAAAGAUCUAUCUGCUUUCUGACUGAGGCAAACUAAUCCUGUGUUAUUAAUGAGUGAUUUUAUAAACUGAUGAUGGAGAUUGUCAAGCAAUUAAAAAGUUGGUUGAUCAAAUAUACAGCUUCAUUUUUAACAUAUGUUUCAUAUGGGUAUGUUAAUAG